CUUUUUUUUUUGUUUAUUUCCAGUAAUUAGUUACUUGUUAAUUGUCUUUCUUCAUCUCUCAAGUGGAUGCACUUUAGUUUGAGCUUGCGGGUAAAAGGAUGGGCGGUUUAUGGACUAUGAAUCACCAACAAGUAAUACACUUAACUAAUAUUUACAAUUAGCAUAAAUUGUGAGGUAAAUUUAGUUACUUAUUACUGAUUGUCAUGAUUUUGUAACUGCCGUAAUAGCUUCAGGUAAGUGCAUAUAAACAUUAGUGAUCAUUUUAUUACAACAAGUGAUCUCCUCUUUUUAGCUAAAUCAUAUAAUCAAUCUUAUAAUUUUUUUCUUUCUUUUUUCUCAUUGGUUCCAAUUAUAUAGAUACAAAUGUCCUUGGUGAUUUUCUUAAUGAUUGGAAUUAAAACAAAAUCUAAUCCAAUCUGUUUUUUUAAUCAAGGUUAAACUGAUUAGAGUUUAUAUGUGUGUAAGUGAGAUGUUUCAAAACAUGAAUCAAGUGCGUCCCUCCUUUCAAAUGAUCUUGAUGAUCAAUUUCUGGUUCCAAUUCCAAUUUAUACCUGAUUUGGUGUAAUCUUUUAAGGACAAUUGAAACACGAUCAGCUGGUAAUUUAACUGAAUUAGAAAGUGUAAUCUAUGAGGAAGACAUUUAUGACAUCGACAGUUUAAUUGAUUCAUCAAAUUCUACCCUAAUUGUUACCAAUGUCAAGGAUAGAAAUGGUAAAGUUAUCAAAGAAAAGCCAAAUUUGGAGACCUGUCGUGCAAUGGAAAUCGAAGCCGAUAAAAGUUUCAAAAAGCUAUUCAUGAUUGGUGAUAAUUUUGUCAUUCCUCGUAACGAAUCAGAACUUCAAGUCUACUGUAAACGAGGUAAAUCAGCGUUGAAAACAGUUACUCAUUUUGGUAAAUGUCUCAAACCAUUUCCUCGUCAAGUGAUGGGAAUCAUUAUCCAUGGAGGGAAAAAAACACUCAAAGAAUAUUGUAAUGCCACCAAGGGUCGAACAGAAAUAUUGAAACAUUUAGAAUGUGUCACACCGGAAACUUCUCAAAUUUUCUACACCUCAUUGGAACAUGGUUUCCGUCGAUUAGAUUAUAUUUCGGAUCAUGUUAAAGAUGAAGAUUUAUUGUCAACAAUUUGUUGUACUUUCCAUUUGAUUUAUGGUCAAACAUUAGAUUUGGUUCGACAUCAUUGCUCUAAAUCACCUGAUUCAACUGUUAAAUUCAUCAGGACAAUUGUUGACAAUAUCGCUAAAGACGUUCUUGAUCUUGGUUGUAGUAAAUGGUCAUCUUUAAAUUCAUGCGAUGUCCAAUUAUCUCAAAUAAUGGCGACCUUAAGGUCAAUCCAACCACCGAAUAACAAUGUUGCUCAACUUGAGAAAAGAUUCUUAAUUGGACCGAUUGUUUCAAUUGCCUCUCGACUUGUCGCUUAAUUUUAAUCAUUUCAUCGAAAUCAAAAUUCUCACCACCGAAAACAAAAUUAACGAAUAUAAUUCCUCUUUCCACAAGAAUAACAAUCAUUUUCUCCCUCUUUCUCUCUUUUCUCUUAGAAAAUUCUCUAAACAUGGAAAAUUCGAAUUUUUCAAUAUUUUUCGAAUUUCGAUUGAAAAAAAAAUUCCAUUUUUAGAAUUCGAACAUUUCAAUUUUUUCUACACUCAAAUUGUACGAUCUCUUCCAAGGUCAUUUAUAUGUAUUCCAAUAAAUAUAAAUAUCUUUCAACAUUUCCAA